AUGCAAGUCAACCGUGGUCAAACACUACCCAUACUAUGCCAAACACGAGCUUCGUUUGCUGCUAACUCAUAUGCUGCUGCUGUGGCCUGGCCGCAUGUGCGCCGCUGCGGUCAGCAUCGCUGGCACCUGCGUCGUCCCCACGAGCACCCGCGCAGCCGUCCUGGUCCUCGCGCGUGGCGCGACUCCGCGCCCGCUCCUAGGCCGUCUCCGCCGCAUCCUCCCUCUGCUGGCCUCGCGCGAAAGCUUGCGCAGCUCCCUCCCGAUGCGUCCGGCUCCGCCUCCCGCAGUCAUGCGUCCCCGACGCAGCACUCGCUCCCCCCGCGCCGCUGCUCCACUUCCCGCGCGCACUCGGCCGGACGCCCCUCCACCAACACCGGGGCCGCCUCGUCACCCGCGUCGCCGCCUGGCGGGUCGCUGCCUCGCUCCGUCCACCCGAGCCCCAAGCUUGGACUCCCAUCGCCGGUGCCGCUUGGCCCCGCUUCCGGCCUCUCCCCGCCGGCUCCUCCCCGCCAGGUGCUCCGCGCCGGGUCCUCUGCGCCGGCUCCGGCUUCCCACAACCCGGACUCCUCCGUCCGCGUCGCCCUUGGCCGACUGCCACGCCGCGCCUGCAUCGCGCCGUACACCCGGACGCUCCGGCUGCUCCGUCUGCCCGCCCGCGCCGCCCUUGGCCGGCUGCUGCCCCGCGCCUGCGUCGCCCCGUGCUGGCUUGCCCCGUCGCCACCUCCGCCACUCCGGCUGGCCUGGCGCUGCCCCGCGCCGCCAGCAGCUCUGCUGCCUCGCGCCGCUCCCGCCUGGCUGCGCGCCCGCGUGCUGGCUCCGGUCGCCGUUAGCCGGCUCCGCCACAACAGCUCCCCCGUCCGGUCGCCUCCGCCCGUGGCCGCCUGCCAUCCGACUCGGUUCGACCUCCAUGCCGGCUGCCCCAGGCAGAAGAUAAAGAAGAGGGAGCCAGCUCCCCAUCCCCUCCAGAAGAAAAGUCAAGGGCCGACUGAUGAAAAAAGAAAAAGAAAUAAAUUUGUGCAUCUGACUGCUCGCGCGGAGUCGGAUAGACAGAAAAAGAGAGAGGCCGGCUGGUUCAGCACAGUGCGCCGGCUGAAGCAAAGAGAAAAGAAGUGGCCGGGUGCCCAGCCGGCUGACUGA